ACUCCGAGAACCGCUUCCCUGCCUUCGACAUGGAGACCGAGGAGCUCGAUGCCGAGGUUCUCAAGAAGUACAUCCUCGGUGGCCACGUAGAGACGCUCGCCGACGAUGAUGAGGAGCGCUACCGGAGCCAGUUCGUCAAGUACAUUGAGGGUGGGAAAAGAGGCCUUGUUCGGCAUGGUCCAGAAGGGUGAUGUUGGAAAUGUAUGGUAGGGGUAUCUAUAUGGUGAUGUUUGUAUGGUAUCCCUUUGUACGGUAGUCCUAUAUGGUGGUUUGUUGAAAGAAAGGUUAUGGGUGAUGUUGCGAUGGGGAUCUCGGUAUUGGGUUCCGCAAACCCGAUUAGUUACGACAACCAG